AGACGAUAUUUAAUCUUCGAAUGAAAUUCAUAUGUUCUCAUAUCGCGUUUGUUUAAAUAGACCUGCGAUUUCCUUGUCGCUGGGCACUCAAUAUUUGUACACGGGCGGAAAACGAUCUAGCUGUGUAUUUGAUUGAGGACUGGGUGUGCACAGACCAACAUGAAGAUUUACAGCAUUUGGCUUCUUCUAAUAGUUGCUAUUUUAACAGGUGCACAAAAUGGACCAAGAAUUACGCCUGGUUUUGAACAAAAACACUUAGCUGAACUAAGGAACGGACCACAACAUAAUGUUGUUAUUAACAAACAGACAGAAAUAAAAAGAAAGAAUCCAAACAGAUUUAUAAACCAUAUCCUAUUUUCGGGAAAUUUAACAGAAUUAAAAAUAAAUCUUAGUAACGCAAUACAAAAUAUGGUCAAUAAAAAUGAAUGUGAAAGCGUACGAGAGAAUGAACGAAAUAAAUAUGUUCGAAAAAAGUGUACCUUGAAAACAAUAGAAGGUAUUGCCGUUGGGGUCGUUUGGUCAAAAUGGACAUCGAAAGGAAGUGACGUAUUAGUCGAUUGCAAUUAUGCGCGAUCAUGCAGCAUACCGAUAGGCCUUACUGAAGACAAUGCGAUUAUUCACUUGGACAAGGUAGAGAUGUCUACCUGUACAAAAAAACAGCGGUGUCCGCAAGAGAAUGACGUCACGCCUAAGCCCUUGUGCAGCUCGACCCGGCCCAAGAGGGCCCCCUUCUCCGGCGACACGUCGUGUGUAGUUAUCAGAACAGUUGAAAGGUCUGUUUGCGACUUUGAGAAGGACUUCUGUGACUGGAGCCGCGCCCCUGGUAGUACGUUUAACUUCGCACAGGUAAAAGGCCCGACCGACGUGGCGAAUAAAACAGGACCGACGGCCGACAGACACGGGUCUCCAACAGGUUAUUAUAUUUAUGCUGAUGCCAGUAAUAACAUGGGACAAAUCGCCACCCUUCGCUCCCCCAAUUUCUCGUCCGGAACGUACUGUAUGGAAUUCUACUAUCACAUGUUUGGCGUUAACUUUGAAGGAAGUUUGCAACUGAUGAUGUACACUUCGAAAACAGCACCACAAAGUGUCUUCACGAAGACAAGUUCAAUUGGUAACAAAUGGAAUCGGUUCCAGGGAAUUUUAAACGCAACUGCGUUGAAAAAUGAGACUUUUCAUUUCGAAUUUAAGGCGAGGAUUGGAAAAAGUUACACAAGCGACAUCGCUGUCGACGACAUCAGUAUAACAAAGGGACGUUGUUCAAAAUAGCAGGACACACCGAGUUGAACCGUUACAAGAGAAACCAAUGAUUGUUGACGACAUUUAUAUACGAUAUGGAUGUAAAGCUGUGUUGUUGUGUUACCCAUACCGCUGCUCGUAAAAAGGUACAUUUGGUUUAAGUUUCAGAAUGCGAAAAUCAGGUUUCUUUACAAGGUCAAUCUGUAACAUGGUCAAUAUGUGUUUUUUUUAAUUAUUAGUUUUUACUAUGCAAUGUUUGUGCCUUUCUCUCCUAGCAUGUUCGUUUGUUUGUAUUGAUUACAAUUUUAUUUUUCCUCAUUUUACAUAUGUAUUUUUGUACAGUAGUUGAUUACAGUACACAGUCCCUAAAAUGUGACAUACUUUUUAGCUAGCUCUUUUUUUGCUGAUUACUCAGUUAAAAUAGUGAGUUUAAAAGUGAUUUUGGUAUCGAAUUAAAGAGGAAUACUCUUUUCAUACAGUGAUAUAAAAAAUAAAAUUAAACAACAAAUCAGGAAAGAGAUAUUGAUGUGAAAAGACAAAUUUUGUUGUCUGUUGGAAAAUAGUAAUUUCUAUUUACCAGUUUCAAAUAAUGCAAAAGGAUUAAAGAGGAAUAAAUCAGCAGCGGGAAUAACAGUUAUUGGAUUACUGAACAGCUCUGCUAUCACACCAAGUACUGCAAGAUACUGAAUAAAUCAAAUAUAUUUGAAAGCUGUUACAUCUUAAAGCUACCAAAGCUUAAACAUUACUUCAUGAGUGGCAAAGAAUCUACAAAAGGGUUGAAAUAGUACCAUGUAAUCCAAUUGAAUUCACAAUCUCACGAAAUAGUUGUAAUGUCUAAAUUGUCAUGUUUCAGAUAAAGUUUUGACCGUAGUCAAUUGCGUUUGAUAUACUGUGUGCAACGGAACCUCUUAAACAAACACAUUUACGAACGAAUACGGUGAAAGGUCGUCAUGUGCAAAGAAUGUUCACGAGCAUAUGAACUUAUUCGAUGAAUUCGUUGCGAAUGCUUCCGCAGUUGCGCAUAAAAUUGUGGACGAAAUGGAAUCUAGUUAACAUCAACAUUCAAUUGCUGAAAAAUUAUUACUAGAUGUAAAUGAUAAAAUGAUCAAACUAAGGUCGCAGUUUAAUAUAUGCCAUAUGAAUUGAAUCACUGAGCAAUCGUAAAUGGUCGAUUCAUAGCAUAGACUCCGAAUGAAUGUCGAAACAUUUAACAGGAAUAGUCGUUAAAAAUUCAAUGUCCGACUCAUAAAUUGGGCAACACUGCAUUGGCAUUUUACUACAAUCAGGCUGAAUUUAUUUAUGGACGUAUCGAUAAUUCAAUAAACAUAAGGGUAUUGUUUCCACUGACAAACAGUUUGGACAACGAAAUUUAUAAAUUAAAUUUCUGUAUAACUCCUCUUGACAAUAAUAGAAAAAAAGAUGCUAAUGGAUUCACAUCAAAACCGCGGUAUUUAAUUUACAACGAAAACGAUCUAUUAUUCACAUUUCCCGAUGAAUCAUUUUCGAGAGACUGUUUGGCAGCAGGUUCAACUAUUUUAUGCAAACAGAAUAAAAUAUUUGAAAUCGAUUUAGAAACACAAAUUGUUUCGUUGAACUCUUAAAACACGGGGACAAUGCAAACACGAAAGAUAUAUGUGAAUAUAAGAUAGUAAGAAACGUCUUGAAACCAGAGUUGAGAAUCUUAAAUAGUUCUAAGGUACUUGCAUACAUGCAAUCAAAUAAAAAAUUGGAAUGUGUUAAUCAUUCUAAAACAAUCGAUGAUUGUAAAUACUGCGUUAUCGAUGUACCAUGCGCAUUUAAAGUAGUCUUACAAGGUCAACGUAUUGAGGAACAGUUCACAAAAUGUUUGACAAAAUAUAUCCAAUUAUUUUCCGUUACUCCAGCAUUUUUUUAAUAAUACGAUUUUGGAUAAUUUGAUGAAAAACAUCUCGUAUUCUGAUCCAAUAAAUGUAUUACUACCGAAAUUUUAAACAUUCGAUCAAAACACACAGGAUAUAUUAACUCGUUCACACAAAUUAGAAAUAGACAUGCACACCUUUGUCAAAAGAGCAAAAGAAAAACCAAAGUGUGUACCAAAGUCUUACGGAAGCAUUUCUCAAUGGUGAAAAUUCAAUUUCAUCAGGUUUAUCCACUUUCGAUAUAAUUGCAAUCAUAUUUAUACUACUCACAAUCGGAAACACGCUAAUGUUGAUAAUCCUUUCACGGAAAAUUCGCAUUUUAUUAACUGCAAUUAUACUACUAAAACCCGCUGCGGCACACCAUCUCAAAUACGACAAUCCAACCACGUCCUGACCACUUCAGGAAUUUUCCAACAAUCUUAAUACUCUCUGAGAUAUUAACUUUUCUUGUAUUUCUGGCCAUGAUUCAUGUUUUCGUGCUAAUAACAAUCCUUCGAAAAUUGCAAAUAUUCAAAGGACAACGUGGUACUCGUAUGAUUUUACAUAUAUUAAAUAGUCUAAAUUGCAUUCAUAUCAAUAUCGUAAGUUCAGCUUCUUUCCGAUCAGAAUGGAUCAUUAACUUACUGGUCACACUGAAUAUUGACGGAAUACGCUUUUGGAUUGUUUCCAAAACUUCUCAUUUAUGCUUCGGAAAUAUCUUUUCGAAACACUACAGGAGAUAUAAUUAUGGAAAUACCAUUUGCUCUGUCAAUCGGCAUGUACCAAUACAUCACACUUUGAAAAAUGCUUAAAACAAACUAUCACAAUAAAUUAUUCUUAGCACACAAUGGAGUUAAGGAACUCACUUAACCAAAAUUUAACUUAAUCAAAUUCUUAAAAAAUAUAUUGCAUUAGUUAUAACUUUGUUUUGAUUGAUUGAUAAUUAUGAUCACUUUGGCCUAUAGUAUUAUUUUGAUGUCAAACUGAGCAUGCAUUUCAACUAUGAUGUAAAUUAUUCAAUGUUGGAUUUCGUAUAUUUUGUUCCAUUCAACCAUUCAACCAUUAUAAACAUUAAAAAAUUGAAAUGAAUUUAUCUAAUCUUCAUUAUUAAAUACUUCACCUUACAUGUUCUUCUCAUCUAAGAUGUCGAUAGUUACAAAUUUCCAUUUUACUCAAUAAAAACACGCUUCAUGUUUAUCUCUUUUUAAAGCAUACUUUUGCAAAAACAUGCUAAGUGUGAAUAUUGAAAUAAAUAUUACAAUUGUUUUCUCAUUAUGGCUCAGCAGAUUAAGUCUAUAUAUCAAGAAAUCGUUCAGUUUGUGAUGCAAGCACCAAAUUUGGCAAAUACACUCUUCAGUAACUAUAGAUUUGAUAAAGCACGUUAGCUAAUACAAUAUUUCAAAAUGGCGCCCGUUUUCAAGAUGGACACCGUCAGGAUUGGAAAAAGAAAAAAAAAGAAACAAAUUCUCUAAAAGGUUUUACUGCUGUGAAUAUUACUUGAUUUUGAUUUCGUACACAACAAUUUGACUAGUUUGAUUAUAAAUUCAGACAUUGUUUAAGGUUAAUAUAGUACACACAAAGUCAACAUGGCUUCCAAAAUGACCGCCAAGAUGGCCGCAAAAAUCUAUUUAUGAUCAUAGCUAUGUAACUAUCCACUCAAAUUUGAUGAAUUUGGUGUCUAAACCCAGGUUUCGGGAUGCAAAGAACACAUUUAUUUCGUCAGGCAAAGUGUAAGUUAAUAAUGUCACACAGAAAUCCAACAUGGUGUCAAAAAUAACUGCCAAGAUGGCCGCCAAAAUAUAUUAAUGAUCUUAACUAUGUUACUUUCCUCUAAAUUUUAUAUCUCGAUUUUGGUGUCUAUAGAUAGGUUUCAGGGUGCAAAGAACACAUUAACUUCAUCAGAUAUUUUUUUAAGUCUAUAAUAUAUCACUUUAAUUGAGUUGAGGUUAUUAUUAAGCAGUUGAAUAAUCAUAAGCUUCCAUUUAUGACAUUUGGAAGAAAGAAUGAACUAGCACAUGACUUCAAAAUAGGAUCAGGAUUUAGUAAUUUCUGUAGACUUUAUUCUUUAUCGUUGCUGAAAAUCAUUGAAUAUUAAUUACAGCCUGAAUAAACAUGAGUACUUCCAAAAGGUUAAUAUUAUACACUUUGUGUUCCUUUGACUAUUUAUUUACAUCAAAGCUGAAGUAGAUAGGAUCGUUAUACUGUUUCUUUAACAAUUUCAACGUCUGCAUCCACUCAAGACAGAACAACUAACAUCCCAUUUAAGGCAGAGUUGUGCUGAUCAGAGCAAUCGUGCCGGCUUUGUUUCUGUCACGAGACAAAAAGUAUUCCUUUUUUACAUUAGUAUUCUGCUUCUUUGCUGAAACUCACAAUAUGAUUCACGUUUGUUUCAUCAUCCCCGGUGCGUGUUGUCUUUGUUAUAAUGACCGUCUUCGUAGCAAUCGAACCCCACUGGCGCUUGUCCGUAAUGUAUUUUCUAUGGAUCUUUAUAAGACUCGGCUAUUGCGUUAUAUAAGUCGCCUUACUCCAUGGUCAAGGAUUUAGCAAAUACCACCAUCAUGCAUCUGUUUCAUGAAUACAGUUAAUCCCAGCCUCACAUGGCGUGUCUAUAGCAUACUCUCAAAUUGCCUGAGCGAUCUGAGGCUUAUCUGCUGUACACAGUAUGUUCUUGGUUUCAAAGAAGGCAGCAGGAUGGGAGCUCAGUUUAAAAGACAAUACGACUGCACGGAAAGGAUCUCCAGAUUUUGACACCACCCGGAAACGUUGGAACAGAAGAGCAGGAUAAAAAGCACGGUCAGAAGCGAUCUAAACAGCCAAGCUAUUCACAAAAGCUUUGGCUCUGUAUUCUCUCGUGAAUUUAUAAGCAAAGACCGACUUUUCUAUGAUAUCUCUUAUGAUCGUUUUCCCAACCGCCUCAACUGCAUGAACAUUCACAUCUAACCCAGUCACUAUCUUAUUGACCAUGUUUCUCAGAGAAGGGUUAGCUGUGUAUGUAGAGCAGGUUGUAAUAUGUGUCUACAUUUUCUAUAGAUCAAAAGAAUCCCCUUUGAUGCACGCCUCAGUUGAAUCUUUGUGUUGUGGAAUUGAAGUAUAGAUCAGAUCUGUGAAAUCCUGCAUCCCACUGUUGUGCUCGGAUGAUGCAGAUAGGGUCCAAGAGGUUUGCAUUUCCUCGGCCAUUUUACUGCCGCGAGUUAAACCACAUGUGCUCUAUAAACACAUCAUCAAUGUGUGCGCAAUGACAAGAUCACGUCCUAGCCCAGCAUAGCACUGAUGAAUCCUACGAACAACGUGAAAACCAAUACCGAACUUUUGAUAAACGUCUGGGUGCGUUUCCUCUAGGUCGCUUAUUUGCAGCAAAGAUGGAUAGCAAAUCGGGCACUGCAUGCAAAUGCAUCAGCCAACACCCAGUACGAUAUGCUUUGAUCAACACCCUUGAAUUGUUAAUCAUAAGCUGAUAAUUCAGUCAUACUAUGCUUGUCUUUGACUUCUGGGCAAGUUCAUGUUUCUUCUUCUCUGUAGCCCUCUCGAGUUUAAUAUAAAUCGCAUAACAUAUCAUCUGCUAGCGUCAUUUUGCCCCUAAGAAGGCACGAGUACAAAUCCUUUGCAUGAUCCAGCAGUAUCUGAAUGUCUGGAUCGUCGUGGGUCAUUUCGGCUGUUAGCUGGCUGUGUAUGCACUCUUCAACAAGAAGAUGGUCCCGUGAAGCCCUCUGGACAGUUUUUCGUGUCACAAUGUGUACAAUUUUGCGCAUUUUCUCUAAAGACUGCCUCAAGUAUGUUUUUGAGUUGUUUCUGCCACGAGGGAUCCUUUGCCCCCCUCCCUCCCUGCAAGCAAUACGCUUAUGAAACAUCCCAAAUUCUAAUCAGCUUUUUAAACUGCUUUGUGGUGCAUCAGUGAUGAUUUCGGCAGUCUUACAAUACAAGGGUUGGUCAAACGUUACAAUGGUGUGAAGGUUGUGGCAAGGUUGCAAACUUAGGUUUAUGUUGACAGAAUGCACGCUUUGUCCCCAUUGUACAUAUUAAUCAUAGGCAAGAAUUUGAAUGACAAUUGCAGCCCAGGGUACUGUAUUUUCUGGUGCAAAAUACGCAUCAUUCCCUGCAAAUUCAGUGUUGCCUGAAGCUGAAAAAUAUCAAUACCCUUGGCAAAAUCCAAAAAUUACGGCAGGUCCAAACUUUGGCGUUUCACAUAACACGUCAUCACGUCAAAAGUAACGGACUUGUGGUCCUCCGUAUUGUGUCGUUUGACGCCAUGUGAGAUUUCUGUGUAACAUAAUACGCUUGAACUAUGUCUGACAAUCGUCAAGUGUUCUUGGCCACUCGAAACCUUGGUAUAGACACCAAAAUCAUCAUUUGUAAGGGGAAAGUUACAAAGUUAUGAUCAUUAAUAUAUUUUGAUGGCCAUCUUGGAGUCCAUUUUGGACGCCAUGUUGGAUUUGUGUGUAAUAUAAUAAACUUAAACUAUGUCUGAUGAUCUUAAUGUGUUCUUUGUCCCUUGAAACCUAUGUAAAGCCACCAAAAUAGUCAAAUUUGAGUGGAUAUUUACAUAUCUAUGAUCAUUAAUAUGGUUUGGCGGCCAUCUUUGCGGUCAUUUUAGACGCCAUGUUGGAUUUGUGUGUGCUAUUGUAAACUUAAACAAUGUCUGAUGAUCUUUAUGUGUUUUUUGCCCCUCGAAACUCGAAACCUUGGUAUAGACACCAAAUUCAUACAAUUGGAGUGGAUAGUUAAAUAGUUAUGAUCAUUUAAUAUGUUUUUGAUGGCCAUCUUGGCGGCCAUGUUGGACGCCAUGUUGGACGCCAUGUUGGAUUUGUGUGUAAUAUAAUAAACUUAAACAAUGUAUGAUGAUCUUAUUGUGUUUUUUGCCCCCUUGAAAACUAUAUAUAGCCACCAAAAUAAUCAAAUUUGAGUGGAUAUUUACAUAGUCAUGAUCAUUUAUAGGUUUUGGUGGCCAUCUCGGCGGCCAUUUCGGACGCCAUGUUGGAUUUGUGUGUACUAUUGUAAACUUAAACAAUGUCUGAUGAUCUUUAUGUGUUCUUUGCCCCUUGAAAGUUAGGUAUCGACAACACAUUCAUUAAAAUUUGAUUGUACAGUUACAUAGUUGUGAUCAUUAAUAGGUAAUUGGUUGCUAUCUUGGCGGCCAUCGUGUAAAAAAACAGCUUUCCGGAGGUCCGAUCUCGGUAAACUUUUGAUAUGUUUUAAAGGACCUUCUACCCUACCGGGAUCAGGUAAAAUACACUUUGUAGCAAUUUUUUGGUGGUUGAAGGUAUUUUUUUCAUAUAUUGACCCUACUAGUACAUCUUGCUGAAAAUAGAGUAUUGGCGGCCAUCCUGAAAACAAUGCCGCCAUUUUGAAUUUUCAAGUGGCUAACGUGCUUUUUGAAGAAAGAGGUACCUAAAGGUAAAUUAUGCCAAAUUCUAUGCAUGCAUCACUAAAUGAACGAUUUUUCAAUAAUCAGCGCAGCUAUUAAUCUAUAAUUGUAUAUAUACUUUCAUUUUUAAUUGAAAACCAAUGUUGUUAUAAAUUGUCAAAUUCAUUACCAUUAUUAAAUUUUUCAUUUCAAAUUCUGUAUUCCACCUAUUUACAAUUAUUGUUUAAAUACAAUCAAAUGUAAUGAAUCCCUAAACAAUUUCAAAGCAACAUUUAUAAAAAUUCAUGGUCUUUACCCACAUAGCAACACAUUCAGAAAGAUUGAUACCCUUUGACACUAUGUAUUAAUGCGAACCAGUUGUUGCAAUAGACCGUUCCAUAGCUUUUGUUCCUAUCAAAUUAUUCAAAAUGAUUUCACAGUUUGUAAAUUAUGUCUUCAUCAUCGAAAACGAAUCGACUGGAGCAGCACGAGAAACAGCACGUUGCCUCUGCCCAACUGUCUUUCCACAAUGUAUACAAUUUGCCACUUCUGCCAUUGCAGAAACACAAACAUAAAACUAACUAACACUAGAAAAUUAUUGUAUCCGACAUCAAAUAAGCACAUAUAUGUUUGAACACAUGGCAGAUGCACUGAAACCCACACAACUAUAUAGCAAUCGUAUUCCAAGUCACAAAUAGUAUUGUCCGACACAAACAAAACACAUACUUUAGGCUCAUUCAGAUACCCUCUUUAUAUAUAGUCAGCCCUUAUAAUUACUUUGCAAACAGCAUUGUUGUCUGGUUAAGCGUGUUACCUUAUUUAUUCUUUAAUCACGCCAAACUGUCAUACCGUUUGUCUUAUUAAUAAAUCUUUGACCAGACAAUAAAAGCAUGCCGGCUUAAUUAAUUUUCGUCAAUUCACACGUUUUCAAAACAUAACUAACACAUAGACAUUCCAAUAUUCUUUAAUUAAACCAAACUAUCAUACAAAAUGUCUCAUAAAACAAUCUUUGAACAGAAAAUAAAAGCAUGCCGUCAUAAUAAACGUUUAACAUUUCACACGUUUUCAAAACAAGACGAACUAAAUGGGGCUUAUUUUAAUAAACACAAUCAUAAAAAAGCUAAUAACAAUUUAUUACUAAAUGCAAUCCGGUAUGUAAACAAUUAUUGAGUUACAAAGUUUUACAAUAUGAAAUGAAAAAAAAACAUCAUACAACUACAUUUCCUAAAAACAAUAAUCACGAAUAUUAAUACAUUAAACUUAACAAAUUUUAUAUGAACAAAAUUUCUAUAAUACUAUAUAUAAGAAACAAAAUCAGAGCAAUCGUGCCGGCUUUGUUUCUGUCACGAGACAAAAAGUAUUCCUUUUUUACAUUAGUAUUCUGCUUCUUUGCUGAAACUCACAAUAUGAUUCACGUUUGUUUCAUCAUCCCCGGUGCGUGUUGUCUUUGUUAUAAUGACCGUCUUCGUAGCAAUCGAACCCCACUGGCGCUUGUCCGUAAUGUAUUUUCUAUGGAUCUUUAUAAGACUCGGCUAUUGCGUUAUAUAAGUCGCCUUACUCCAUGGUCAAGGAUUUAGCAAAUACCACCAUCAUGCAUCUGUUUCAUGAAUACAGUUAAUCCCAGCCUCACAUGGCGUGUCUAUAGCAUACUCUCAAAUUGCCUGAGCGAUCUGAGGCUUAUCUGCUGUACACAGUAUGUUCUUGGUUUCAAAGAAGGCAGCAGGAUGGGAGCUCAGUUUAAAAGACAAUACGACUGCACGGAAAGGAUCUCCAGAUUUUGACACCACCCGGAAACGUUGGAACAGAAGAGCAGGAUAAAAAGCACGGUCAGAAGCGAUCUAAACAGCCAAGCUAUUCACAAAAGCUUUGGCUCUGUAUUCUCUCGUGAAUUUAUAAGCAAAGACCGACUUUUCUAUGAUAUCUCUUAUGAUCGUUUUCCCAACCGCCUCAACUGCAUGAACAUUCACAUCUAACCCAGUCACUAUCUUAUUGACCAUGUUUCUCAGAGAAGGGUUAGCUGUGUAUGUAGAGCAGGUUGUAAUAUGUGUCUACAUUUUCUAUAGAUCAAAAGAAUCCCCUUUGAUGCACGCCUCAGUUGAAUCUUUGUGUUGUGGAAUUGAAGUAUAGAUCAGAUCUGUGAAAUCCUGCAUCCCACUGUUGUGCUCGGAUGAUGCAGAUAGGGUCCAAGAGGUUUGCAUUUCCUCGGCCAUUUUACUGCCGCGAGUUAAACCACAUGUGCUCUAUAAACACAUCAUCAAUGUGUGCGCAAUGACAAGAUCACGUCCUAGCCCAGCAUAGCACUGAUGAAUCCUACGAACAACGUGAAAACCAAUACCGAACUUUUGAUAAACGUCUGGGUGCGUUUCCUCUAGGUCGCUUAUUUGCAGCAAAGAUGGAUAGCAAAUCGGGCACUGCAUGCAAAUGCAUCAGCCAACACCCAGUACGAUAUGCUUUGAUCAACACCCUUGAAUUGUUAAUCAUAAGCUGAUAAUUCAGUCAUACUAUGCUUGUCUUUGACUUCUGGGCAAGUUCAUGUUUCUUCUUCUCUGUAGCCCUCUCGAGUUUAAUAUAAAUCGCAUAACAUAUCAUCUGCUAGCGUCAUUUUGCCCCUAAGAAGGCACGAGUACAAAUCCUUUGCAUGAUCCAGCAGUAUCUGAAUGUCUGGAUCGUCGUGGGUCAUUUCGGCUGUUAGCUGGCUGUGUAUGCACUCUUCAACAAGAAGAUGGUCCCGUGAAGCCCUCUGGACAGUUUUUCGUGUCACAAUGUGUACAAUUUUGCGCAUUUUCUCUAAAGACUGCCUCAAGUAUGUUUUUGAGUGGUUUCUGCCACGAGGGAUCCUUUGCCCCCCUCCCUCCCUGCAAGCAAUACGCUUAUGAAACAUCCCAAAUUCUAAUCAGCUUUUUAAACUGCUUUGUGGUGCAUCAGUGAUGAUUUCGGCAGUCUUACAAUACUAGGGUUGGUCAAACGUUACAAUGGUGUGAAGGUUGUGGCAAGGUUGCAAACUUAGGUUUAUGUUGACAGAAUGCACGCUUUGUCCCCAUUGUACAUAUUAAUCAUAGGCAAGAAUUUGAAUGACAAUUGCAGCCCAGGGUACUGUAUUUUCUGGUGCAAAAUACGCAUCAUUCCCUGCAAAUUCAGUGUUGCCUGAAGCUGAAAAAUAUCAAUACCCUUGGCAAAAUCCAAAAAUUACGGCAGGUCCAAACUUUGGCGUUUCACAUAACACGUCAUCACGUCAAAAGUAACGGACUUGUGGUCCUCCGUAUUGUGUCGUUUGACGCCAUGUGAGAUUUCUGUGUAACAUAAUACGCUUGAACUAUGUCUGACAAUCGUCAAGUGUUCUUGGCCACUCGAAACCUUGGUAUAGACACCAAAAUCAUCAUUUGUAAGGGGAAAGUUACAAAGUUAUGAUCAUUAAUAUAUUUUGGUGGCCAUCUUGGAGUCCAUUUUGGACGCCAUGUUGGAUUUGUGUGUAAUAUAAUAAACUUAAACUAUGUCUGAUGAUCUUAAUGUGUUCUUUGUCCCUUGAAACCUAUGUAAAGCCACCAAAAUAGUCAAAUUUGAGUGGAUAUUUACAUAUCUAUGAUCAUUAAUAUGGUUUGGCGGCCAUCUUUGCGGUCAUUUUAGACGCCAUGUUGGAUUUGUGUGUGCUAUUGUAAACUUAAACAAUGUCUGAUGAUCUUUAUGUGUUUUUUGCCCCUCGAAACUCGAAACCUUGGUAUAGACACCAAAUUCAUACAAUUGGAGUGGAUAGUUAAAUAGUUAUGAUCAUUUAAUAUGUUUUUGAUGGCCAUCUUGGCGGCCAUGUUGGACGCCAUGUUGGACGCCAUGUUGGAUUUGUGUGUAAUAUAAUAAACUUAAACAAUGUA